AUGGCUACAGCCACGUCACUCUUUUCGCUGAGUGGGCAAACCGCCAUCGUCACAGGAGGAACAAGAGGCAUUGGACAGGCCAUGGCCCUGGGCCUUGCUGAGGCAGGCGCUGACAUCGUUUUAAUCCAGAGAGACGAAUCAAACACAUCGACCCACGACGAGAUUAUCAACCGCCUCGGUCGAAAGGCUUGGAUCCACGUGGCAGAACUGUCAGAUCGAGAGGCAAUCAAGGGGGUUAUCCCGGCUCUGACGAGUCAAGGAAUCAAGCCACAGAUUCUGCUGAACUGUGCUGGUAUCCAACGGCGUCAUCCGAGCGAGAAAUUCCCGGAUGAGGAUUGGGACGAGGUCUUGCAAGUCAACCUGACGUCGGUUUUCACGUUAUGUCGUGAGUUCGGGGCUUAUCUCCUGGCCCGGGAUGCCUCCGAGUUCCCAUCCGGACGACGUGGCUCGAUCAUCAACGUCGCAUCGCUUCUUUCGUUCCAGGGUGGCAUCACCGUGCCGGCAUACGCAGCGUCCAAGGGCGGCAUCUCGCAAUUGACCAAGGCGCUCUCUAACGAGUGGAUAGCCAAGGGGAUCAACGUCAAUGCCAUCGCCCCCGGAUACAUCGCUACCGACAUGAAUGUGGCUUUGAUCAACGAUAACAAUCGUAAUGCGGGUAUCAUGGCUCGAAUCCCUGCAGGAAGAUGGGGUAAGCCCGAAGAUUUUAAGGGCGUGGUCGUAUUCCUGGCCAGUCAAGCCAGCAGUUACGUUUCAGGAGAUGUGAUAUGCGUCGACGGCGGUUGGAUGGGACGAUGA